GAAGGGUGUGUGUUCACAAGAACACACUCUUCCCCUCCUACAUGCAUGCCACCAGCCACUGUUGUCUCUCCGGCAGAGAGGAGAAAGUUGAUGCAAAUUCCGAGUAAUCUCUAGGAGCUUCCAGACACCCGAGCAAGCCCAGGUUUCUUCUGUUCUCUCCGACACAUUUACUCUGUUUCACUCACAUACACCCACCAGCCAUCACUGCUGGUACUGUAGAGGGAAGAAAAGACACAAGGAGGACUGUUACAGAUCUUUAUACCCAGCUGCUCACCCAGCCACCACCAGACAAUUUGGCAAAGAUGUGGACUUUUCUUGUAGGGGUGAUCUUUGGAAUACUGGCCUCUGGCAGUUCAAGACAACUUCAAGUUAACUCUCGCACCUGCAGUUAUGCAGGCGUAUUUCUGGUUGAGGGAGAGAGUCGCCACUCUCUGACUUUUGAAAUGGCCAGAAAAGUCUGUGAGCAGCUGGAGAGCACGAUGGCAAGUCCAGAGCAGGUCCAACUGGCCUAUAACAGCAGCAUGGAAACGUGCAGGUACGGUUGGAUCAACAAUGGGAGCAGCGUCAUUCUCAGGCAAACUCAGCAUGAAAACUGUGCAAGGAACCUGACUGGGUUUAUUGUUAAUUCACAUACUGAAGAUCAAUUUGAUGCUUACUGUUAUGACGAAAAUGAUAAUGCUGAGAAGAACUGCAGCAAAGCUUUCCGGGAAAACAGAGUCUUACUCUCAGACACAACAGCUCUGACAUCACCACAGCCUCUGACCGACGGCACAACAGAGUCAGAAACAAUUCCACUGGAGGACUGGAUAAAUUCUCCAACAGCUGCAACUACACCUGAAGAUCUGAGUAAGGAUGAUUUCACUACGGUUCCCGAGGAGGGAAACCCCGCUGGAGGAAGCAACRUCACUUCUGCUUUCACUACAAUGGAGUCAGACCCGAGUGAUGGAUCUGGGAUGGGGCCUGCUCAACCAGAGGAGGAAAAAACAACUCCAGUGAUCAACGCUGAAACAACAUGGGCUGAAAAGAGACCUAUUGAUACCAAUGAUGCCAAACCGAAUAGCGGAGGAAGAUCAUUUAAUUUGGGAAAUGAUAAUGAGAAUAAAAAAGACAGCAGCUCAUCAGACUGGCUGGUUGUUCUUGGUGUUAUUGUAGCAGUUGGUGCAAUUCUCCUUGUGUGUGCAGCUGCUGCCAGGAGAAAAGGGUGGUGUGGCAGAAAGCAAACGCUGAAUAUCACAACCAAAGACGGCAGCGACGGCAACGGGGUCGCAGCUGCAGCAUGCAGCUCCCACAACCCGGAGAGAGAGCAGGAGAUGGUGACCCUCAUGAACAAGGAGGCCAUCCAGGAGAACGGCAACACGGAGGAGUUCACUGUCAUCACGUUAGAGGAGUCUCCAGAUAAAGACCAGCAGGCCUGAGAGUUGGGCAGAAAAGAGCCGGGGAGGUUGGGGGGAAGACUUUUGAGAGGAUAAAAGAGUUGGAGGUUGUUGGAUGGGCUUGUAGUGGACGGGCACUGAGUAAGAGCAUUUGAAUGUGUCAUUUCGUGUUCAACUAAAGUACAAAGUUUUGCACAAAACGCUUUUUAAAGAGGCUAAGCAUUUCAGAUCAGUGUGCAAGAAUGAGAGAUUUAGAACAAAAUAACAGAAUGUGUUUAUUUUCCGUUCACGUUACUUACUGUGUGUGCUAUUUUUAAUUAUUGAUUAUAGGGAGUUCUAAGAGUGGGUGAAAAGCUUUUUGUUAAAUUUGAUGACUGUAAAAGUCUAUCAAUUAAUCUUAACCAGAAAAAGAAAUAAACGGUAAUUUUCUUUUUGUUAAGUUUUAUUUAAGAGAGACAGAGAGAGAGAAAAAAAACUUCCCUUAUUUCUUUAUUUUCUGUUUUUCCUUUUCUGCACAUAUUUCAGACGUCCUGUUGUCUGUAAUUGUUGCUUUAAGAAAACUGGGGAUGCMUCAAUYGCAAUUAUCUUCCUUUUGACUCUGUUUUCCCUGUCUGUGUACAUAAUAUGAAACUUUACAAAUGUUGCAAUAGCUGCCAUUGCUUUUUGUUAUUUUUUUUCAUAGGAUAAUGCUUUGUCGAUUCAGCUUGAAGGACUGCUGCUGUUUCUAGUAGUAUUUAAUCAGAAACUGUACCUUAGAGGUAAAUGUUUUGGUUUGUGAAGGUCAGAAUAGAUAGCAUCCCGAAUCAGCAUGAUUUAUAGCUUUCCAAAGUGAGUGCUUAGUGCACAACCGACGAUGAUGAAUACAGAAAUAAGAUUAUGUUUUGAUCAUACUGUGUGGAUGAAAAGUGUAUUAUAGAGAAUCUGCUCGACAGAUACUGAUUUUGAAACAAAAUAAAGAACUGGGUGAUAUUUCAAGCACGUUUAUCAAUUUUGAGAUAAACUCAAGCUCAAUUUUUAUGAAAUGAGGUGUAAAUACUGGACAUCCAAAAUGAGAAGUUAAUCCACUGCAGACUUAGCAAUGCAAAAGGCUUAAUCAAGAGAAACAUACGUUUGCUCUGAACCUGAUGGGAUAAAAGAAGCUGAUGGUCAUGUUCUAUGUUUCUGUAUAAAGCUUUCAAUCUUGUAAUCAUCUUUUUUCUAUUGAACUUGCUGUAGCUUGACUAUAUCGCACACAUUAUGUAUUAAUCAAAUUUAUUCUGUGUGUGGCCAAUGUAGCUUUUAGAAUAAGACUAAAUUAUAUACAGUCAUUGUGAAUGACAUACUUUUGACUUGUUACUUAAGUUUAUUUUUUACAUUUUCCUUUGAUUUGAAGAGGACAAAGUGUUGCACUAGAGUAGGUAGGCAGGUUUGACAAAACGAUUUUGCUGAAAAGAUCUGUAAAGUGACAACAAAAUAAAUAAAAUGUGUACAGAUGCGCUGGAACACGGUGUUCACCGACUGAUCACUCUGUGAGCACGGGAACAAAAGGGAAAUAAAUGAACGCCAUGACAGGAAACGCAUGUUGCAUUUCUCCCACGUAACAGGAAGUAAGGUUUCCAUGGYACCAGAGUUGGGAUGCAGGAAAACGUUAGCACAGGAUAAAAGGAGUGAGACAAAGAGAGACAUUGUGAAAGAUACCCAUGGCAUCCUUCCAAAAGCAACCCGCAAGAUUGUCAGGAGUGUAUAAUAGCCGACUUUGCAUGCACUAAUUAUAGAGUAGUAAAAGUAAUGUAACACUUCUAUUGUCAUAAAAGCACGUUUUAUAUUAUGUGGGAUCUUGAAAAAACAUUUUUCUUAGUUUUCACUCAAUUUAAAAGAGUACUAUUAUGUAGUUUACAACUCUGAUUUCCUUGGCUUUCUAGGUUCAGGUUUCUCCAUGUGGAUCAAAUGCAUGCAUAAAGAGUUCACCAGCAUUGCAUGGUUGUUACUGUUUUCUCUAUAUUGGUGCUUUGAUGGACACACAAUCUGUCCAGGAAGCUCUCUACUGCAAAACUAAGUAUACGAUAUAUGCAGAGGACUGUGUGAACAGUCUUCGUCUAAAGCAUGACUGAAAAACUAGUUGUUGUUUUCAAAGUUGUUUUCAGUGAUGUUCAAUUAAAAGAACUGAAACUAUGCAACUUAUUUAAUUCAUUUAACCUUUAUUUAACCAGGUCGGAUUAUUAAAGAACUAAUUCUCAUUAACUGCGUCAGAGACCACAGGUGGAAACUAGCACUUAGAGCUACACAGUGCAUUUCCCCUCUUGUGGUCAAUGUAUAUAUUUUUCAACCAAUCAAUAUUUUUAAAAAAAUACUUUUCUACCUUCAAAAACAUACCUUGAAUGGUUUGUUUUUACCCCUACGUCUUUAACAAGGUGGAUUCAGGCAACAUAUUAUAAGUGAUAAGAUACUCAUUCCAAUUAGUUUGUUUUUAAAACAAGUUUAAUUGUUGCUAAUAUAAGUUUAAUUGCAUUUACAUUUUUUACAUAGGUGCUGUAUUUGUUAAUGUUACACAUUAAAUACUGGUGAUGAGAAGCAUUCCUGCUGUUACACCAGGUUUCUAAAAUCUCUCUCCAGCUUUUUGCUCUUGCACAGACAAGGCAAGUUCAUGUAAAAAAGCAAAUACAGGAACAAAUUAUGACAGCUGAAAGUUACAAAUCAGUAAUUAUUUAUAUGCAUAUUGCCACCAGUAGUUUUGUAAUCAAAUAUGUCUUAGUAGAUAGAGGAGGAUAGAUAUAUAGAACAGUUCUACACGACCGCUAGCUCUCAUCAGCUGUUCCCUCAGUAAAGAGGAAAUAAUUUUUCCUUUUUUCAAUUUUCUACUUUAAUAGCUUUUUCCACCACAUGCAGUUUAACUUUUCUUAUCAUCUUUUUAACGUAUUUCUUGGUUUCAAAAUACAAUUAUUUUCAUAUUUUACUUUAAUUUCCUGAAAAGCACUUUAAGUUGUCAUGUAUUUAAAUUGUCAUGUACAAACAACUUAAACUAAAGUGAAUGAGAACACACGUAAAAUUUAAAAAUAGUAUAUAACUGCAGGAGCAUAUGGACAUUUAAAGAUUAGUUUUACCUCUUAGGUAAAGUAAAUACCUAAAUGAUGUGUAUUCACACACUGGGUUCCCUUAUUUGCUGAAAUGUGUAUUAUUUUUGAGUCCUAAUUUGAAGAAGUCUCAUCAAAUUAGGCAAAAAAAAGGCUAUAAAAUAAAUGCAAUGAAGUGUAAGCUAGGUCAUUUAUCUUUAAAAUCUAAUAAGCAGUAAGUCAACCUGAAGUAUUAACAACAGCUAACUGAACACCAUUCAGACAGAUUAAAUUAGUGCUCCUGUACCAUAAGGAGAACAACUGUAAAAGUCACCACAAUUCAAAAAUCUCAAAACAGCACUUAGUUAUGAACAUUUAUUAGUUAUAUUUGUAUAUGUACACCAAAGGUACAACAUUUGUUGAUAUGUAGAAACAGAAUUUUUUUUUUUUGUUUUCAUGUCAACCAAAAUCUGAGGAAAGAAUGCUUCAUUCUAUUUUUUUUUAACCCAAUUGUAUAUUUCUCACACACAUACUCUCUUGCCAUUACAUUGAUAUUACAACAUCAUUACAAUAAGGGCAGACCCCCAGCUCAUUUAAGGCAGCGAUGAAACAGACCAUCAUGUCUACUUAUGGAGUUCUUCAAAAAGAUACACUUUACAGUGUUUAAAAGCAUUCCAGCUUUCCAUUGUCAGUUACUUUGCAUCUAAUUAGUAACAUUUAGCUGAGCAGGCGUCAGAUCUCUCAGCAUACCUGUUUAGUGUAAAAUUCAAAAAGCUAUUGAGACUGAAGGCAAUAAAAAAAAAUAAAACCGUGGGAUUCAAACUUUACUGGCAUUGGUUGUGCAACAGACGUGGAAUGUGUGAAGUAGUGGUGAACUGAAGGCAGGCAUGGACUCUAAUGUGUCUAGAUAUUCAUGGCUUGUAGGUUUAAAUGAAUCAGUUGAACAAAUAUGCCUGAGACUAAGAAGCCAGCAUGUUUCCUUUAAAAAUAUUUCAGAUAAUUCACCUGAGGAUUGUUGCUCUUUACUCUGGUAGGCAUAGGAAUAGCACAGGUAUUUAUUCUCUCUGAUUAACUUCUUGGCUAUGAUUUAUCUCUCUCUGUAUGUCCCACACCAAGGGCAAACUUGACCCUCUAUUUUUGUCUUUAAACACCUUCACAACAUCAGUUUUACCCUAAAUAAGUGAGAUUGGCCUCCUUAUAAAACAAGAAACCUUCUUUUACUCUUGUCUUUCUUUAUUUCUCUUCUUAACCACCUCUCUCUCUUUUCACAGACUGAGUUUGAUUCAGGAUCACUGCGAUUUUAAUUAACCUCUGCAUCGCCACUGAACAGAACAAUUAUAUCCAUAUAUGUACAAUGAAAACAAAUUCACACUGCUUAUAUCUUUAUGGAACAAACAUUCAAAACGCUUACAUUAGAUACAAAAGAAAAGAUAUUUAUAUAUCAUAUGUGUGACGGAAAUGUUAAAAAGCUAGUUAACAGCAAUUAGAAAAUGAAAUCAUACAGGCAAUUUAUUACAUGUUGUCCUCUAUACAUUUCAUCUAAUCUAUUAAAACAAAUGUUUUUUUUUUGUUUGUUUGUUUGUUUUUUUUCCCCUUCCUCUAGCUGAUUACGUUUCAACGAGUCACAGGAAUGAAACCUUAUUUCUACAGGGCAUUUCAAAAGAAACAAAACAAAUCAAUAAAAGGAAAUCUGUUAACUACAAUAUGUACACAAAGUGCAUGGAGGCACUUCAAAAUGUCAUGCUUUUAAGAUAGUGGUGCAAAAAAAAAAAAAAAAAA